AUUGAUCAAAACAUGUCUACAAAACAUAAAAGUUAUAUGGUUAAACAAAAGCUUGAAAUUAUUUCAAAAGCAAAAGAAACAUCUAAUAAAGCAGCAAUACAAAUAUUCAGUGUUGAUUAUUCUCAAGCAAUGAAAAAAACUGGUUCACAUGUAUUCUUGCAAUCUUGGCUAAUAGAAUUAAACUUCCCUCAUAGUAAUUUUCAAAAGCAAAAAACUUCUCUGAGUAUUCCUCAUAGUAUUGAAACAAAAUCAGAGGAACAAAUAGUAAUUUUGGUAGAUGAUGAAGAAAAUUACCCAAUCGUUUAUAUUGAAAAUCUGCUUGAGUACUG